UCAUACGUUUGUGAAAUUCGUUAAUACCGGGUAGCCUUAUGCUGUCUUUUGGGUAUACCAUAUACAUACCUUUGUGAAACGGUCCAAGACUAACUCAACGAAUUGUACUCCUGCCCCCUUCCUCUCCAAGCUUCUCCAUCCGCUCUCUAAUGGCGGCUGCUGUCACUACAUACUCAGGCCUAUUUCACGGUCGAAGAGCUCCGUCUUUUAAAUCGCCUUCCUCAAAUAUACUGCCUCCUUCAAAGACCAUAGGCGGCUUGUCCACUCUAUUCUCUCACGACCUCUCUCCAGAACAGAAAAAAUGCGAGAUCAAAAAGCUCUCUGUUCAAGCAAGCAGUGGUACCAUUUCCACCGCCGUUGAGUCAGCUCCAUCUAUGGCGCGACCUAAGGUGAGGCGCCACACAAUUUCGGUAUUCGUCGGUGAUGAAAGUGGAAUGAUAAAUCGAAUUGCAGGAGUCUUUGCAAGAAGGGGAUAUAACAUUGAGUCCCUUGCUGUUGGUUUAAACAAAGACAAAGCUCUUUUCACUAUAGUUGUAUCUGGAACAGAAAAAGUGUUGCAGCAAGUUAUGAAACAGCUUCUAAAGCUCGUUAAUGUUUUAAAGGUUGAAGAUAUCUCAAAGGAACCACAAGUAGAACGUGAGUUGAUGCUCAUUAAGAUCAAUGCAGAUCCAAGCUACCGAUUGGAGGUUAAGUGGUUGGUGGACAUCUUUAGAGCUAGGAUUGUUGAUAUUUCACAGGACUCAUUAACCAUUGAAGUAACUGGUGACCCUGGAAAAAUGGUUGCAGUGCAAAGAAAUUUAAGCAAGUUUGGAAUCCGAGAAGUUGCAAGGACUGGAAAGAUUGCCUUGAGAAGAGAAAAAAUGGGUGAAUCUGCUCCUUUCUGGAGAUUUUCAGCAGCUUCAUAUCCAGACCUUGAAACUCCUCUUCAGACCAAAACAAAAACAGAAUAUCUGGAUACUGAUACAUCAGUUGGGGGAGAUGUUUAUCCAGUUGAGUCUAAUGAUGACUAUGCAUUCAAUCAAGUUCUUGAUGCACAUUGGGGUGUUCUUAACGAAGAAGAUACAACCGGGCUUCGCUCACACACUUUAUCAAUGAUUGUAAACGACUCUCCUGGAGUCCUCAAUAUAGUAACAGGAGUUUUUGCUCGUAGAGGCUACAACAUUCAGAGCUUAGCAGUUGGUCAUGCAGAAGUAGAGGGACGUUCCAGGAUUACAACUGUUGUCCCUGGGACAGAUGAGUCGAUUAGCAAAUUGGUGCAACAAUUAUAUAAAUUGAUAGAGGUUCAUGAUGUUAUUGAUUUGACAUCGAUGCCAUUUGCUGAACGAGAAUUGAUGCUGAUUAAGGUUGCUGUGAAUUCGACAGCUAGACGCAAUGUUCUUGAUAUUGCUAGCAUAUUUAGGGCUAAACCUGUUGAUGUGUCGGAUCAUACAAUUACACUUGAGGUUACUGGGGAUAUAAAUAAGAUGGUUGCAUUGCAGAGAUUGUUGGAGCCGUGUGGAAUUUGUGAGGUGGCAAGAACCGGGCGGGUCGCACUGACCCGUGAAUCGGGUGUUGAUUCGUCUUACCUUCGUGGGUAUUCGUAUCCUGUUUGAUUUUUGAUGUUUGUCAAGUGUUUUAUUUUUUUGGGUAUAAAUUGACAAAAUAAAAUUGUCACGUUUUGACUUCUUGUUAUUGUUAUUGUUAAGUCUUUAAUCGUUUUUUGGACUCAA